ACCUUAAUAUGUACUUUUUCUUUAAAACCUUUCUAUAAUUUGUUGAAACCUCUUUUGGACCAAGCCCGAGAAUCGAAGUUAGAGACUCUAUAUAACAUUUGACCCAUAUGGUCCCUCAAACACACAGACAACUCCUUAUCUCCUUGUCGUUUUUUGUUCUUUUUUCACCAUGGGCAGAAGAAAGGUAACACACCAACUGAUUUCUGACAACGCUACUCGCCGAGUUACGUUCAGAAAACGCAAACAUGGUCUGUUGAAAAAGCUCAAUGAAUUAACCAUUCUUUGCGGUUUACGCGCUUGCGCCAUCAUCUACAGCGACUACGAGGAAGGUCCUGAGGUCUGGCCAAACCGCAAAGAGGUUCGUGUUCUUCUCAACCGGUUCAGGGCACUCCCGGUGGAGAAACAGACCAAGUUCAUGAUGGACCAGAAAGAUUUGAUGAACAGAAUGAUCCAAGACGCAAAGAAGAGGUUGGAGAAAGAGCAGAUGCAUAGCCGUGCGAUGGAACUUGGGUUGAUUGCGUCGUCUAGUGACAUACGCGAUGCUGAUUAUUCAGAGGAUCUGAUCAAAGCAGCCGAUGUGGUUGAGAAGAAGAUCAAAGUCAUCAGAGAAAGAAUCAAGGCUGUAGAAUCAGGAGCAGCCAUCCUCAUGAUAGAAUAGCCUUUCAAAAACAUUCAACUGUGUUUUAUUUUCUUGGAUUAUCAUGUUUAGGAUUAAUGUGUUGAUUGUUUCUGCUUUAUUGUUUAGUUUAAAGGAUGAAGAGAAUAAUAUUGAUCUCUUUGGCCUUCUUGGUAUCAUCGCUUAGAGCUGGUCAGUAUCAAUGUAUUCAGUUUAUGAGAUUGUUAUUUUUAUGAAGUUUUUCUUCCUUAUUUUAUUUAAUUUUUUUUGUUGGCUCCCCAAUUGUUUAGAUCAAGUUUUGGUCACACGAGCCGAUCCUCUGAUAAACACUACCGUAUCUGAUCUAUAUAGGAAAAUAUGUUUGCGUUUAUCGCUCUGGAGAAUAUGAAGUACUCACACUCUCAAAGAUUUUCUUCUUUAUAUGUUUGUUACUUUUUUAUUUUAUUUUUUAUAUUUAUUCGCUCGUUUGUUAAUCCCAGUAAGUGAUCCAAAAAGAUUUAUUACCGAUUAUAAAAUGUGGAAUUCUGUUCGAGAUAGACCAUAAAAUCUAGGCGUUUGGGUUUCCGUUCAGCUUCGGAUCAGGUCUUUUGGAUUUUUGGUUCUAUUUUGUAACACGUCUUAGAUCGUAUUCUAUUAAAAUUGAAAGUACAUAUGAGAAUCAAAUAUAACACAUCGGUUUCAGAUCGGUUUUGUAUCACAAGUAUCCAUAAAUAACAAUAUAUCGUUUGGAUUCAGGUUUUUUUAGAUCGGUUCGGAUUAUACUGAAAUAAAAUACAUCAUUAAAAAGUCUAAACAUAAUAAAUUUAAUAGUAAACUGAAUGUAAAGUAUUCAAUACAUAUAAAACUAAAAAAGUAGUAACAUUUGAAAGUUUAUAACACUAAACUUUAUAACACUAAAUAAUUUUAUAACUAAAAUACUUAAAAGUGAUGAUUAUCCAAAACUCAAAAAAUCAUAACCCGUAAUGCGCAUGGUAUGUAAACCGUAUACAUAACUAUAAUGAUAUAUGUUCAGUUUAGUUCGGGUUAUAAUUCGGAUAUUUGAUAAACCAAAACUAAAUCCGAUAUUCGAACUAUCAUAAUAUAAAAUUCGAUCGGGUUAUUAGCUGGAUCUGAACCUGAACUAAUACAUUUAUUUCGAGUCACGUUCGGGUUUGGAUUUGGAUUUCGGUCUCUAUGUCCAUGCCUAACAAAAGCUAUUAUCUCAAGAUGAAAAGUAUUAAUAUUUCACACUGAAAGAUUAAAUAGAUCAAUACUAAUAUAUUAAAGAUUUUGGAAAAUGGCCAAUUAGUUUUAAAUUAAAAGUAAAUCAAACUUAACAAGUAAUUCUGCCCAACACACACGUCCUCUUGUGCUUACACUUGCCGAUCUCAUCGCAUAUGAGCUCUCCUGGCGAAAUGUGGAGUUAACGCCCCUCUACUUGGCCGAUAACCGAUUAACCGGAAGCGAAAACGCCAUUUCUAUUACUUUAUUAUAUUUUUAAAAACUUCUGUUUCGCCUUCUGUCUUCUCUUGUCCUUUUCCCGGCGGUAAAAGCAAGACUAGUGUUGGUUUUGCCGUUUCCAUCGUAUUCCACCUCAACAAGACGGUGGCCAUCUUUCACAACGACGUCAACUUCCGACUUCUGCAGUGGCAUACCGUCAAUAUUGUACUCAAGAUAAGAUACAACAAGGUGAUCAAUAGUUUGUCAUUUUUACAUUUUCCUUGGUGUCAGCUCAUUCAUUUGUUACUUACUUUACUAGUGGUCUUGUUUUAUCCUAUAGGUUAUAUGGUCAUCAAAGUUAACAAAUCUUCAGUAUUAUAUAUUGUUGGAAUGACACAUGUCUAAUGACAUACGCGAUGCUGAUUAUUCAUGCUAGAAUAACCUUUCAAAAACAUUCAACUGUGUUUUAUUUUCAUGGAUUAUUAUGGUUAGGUGUUGAUUGUUUCUGUUUUAUUAUUUAGUUUAAAGGAUGAAUAGAAUAGUAUUGAUAUCUUUGGCCUUCUUGGUACCAUCGCUUAAAGCUGGUUAGGAUCAAUGUAUUCGGUUUAUGAGAUUGGCUUCUUUUUUUUUUCUUUUUGAAUGAAGAUUUUCUUCGAUAUAUAUUUGUCACUUUUUCAUCUUUUAUUUAUAUUUAUUUGCUCGCUUGUUAAUCCAGUGGUCCAAAAAAGAUUUAUUACUGAUUAUAAAAAGUGAAAUUUGGUUCGACAUAUACCGAUAAGAGCAAUAAUCUCGAAAUAAAAAGUAUUAAGAUUUCACAUUAAAAAGUUUAAGAAAUCAAUAAUAAUAUAUAAAAGAUAUUUUUCCUUAUAUGUUUUUUUACUUUUCCGCUUUUAUUUAUAUUUAUUCGCUUGUUUGUUGAUCUAAGUAAAUGGUCCAAAAGAUUAUUACCAAUUAUUAAAAGUGGAAUUCGGUUCGAGAGAUAAGAACUAUUAUUUCGAAAUGGCGUAUUAAACGCCAAUAAAAAUUUUAGUGAGUUUCUCACAGAUUAAAAUUAAUUUAGGAAAAAAACGAAAUCCUUCAGAAGAAAAGACUAUGUCCACAACUUUAAGAAGUUUUGCCACUUGUUAAUCAUUGACUGGUUUCAACUUUUUAAUAUUUUUCUUUUAGAAAUCCACUAAAUGUUCAUGCUCUUAGAGCAUUUUUAGUGGGAAAUUUCAUUGAGUCCCGUACCGAUAAACAUAUAGAUUAAAAAGAAAAAGUAAGAAAAAGGGAAGAUAUGUUUCUCCUGAAAGAAACUCUUGCUGGAAUUAUAGAAACUCAAAUAACAAGUGUCAGCUAUUAACUUAGUCUGUUUUAUAACUAAAAUUUUGAUAAAUUAAUUUUUUGACAAAAAGUGGUUCUCUUACCACUGCAAAUGCUCUUAGGAUUUUACAUCGAAAGGUUAAAAGACAAAUACUAAUAUAUUUUUUAAACACUAUUUUCAUUAUGAUUAACAAACACAAGAUACAUUAUGAUUAAACACUAUUUUAAACACUGGCGACUACCACUAAUCCCGGUAAGAACAGUCCGACGAACCAAACAAAAGGUACCCAGAAACAACAGCUCACACAUGGGAAACAAUGAUCAACAGAGUGAUAAAACGAUCUUUAAUUUUACCAAUCUAAACUUGAAUAAGGAACGGCCAGAUCAAAAGAAACAAAAAAAAAAACAAGAACAAAACAA